AUGCGCAAGACUAAUCUUCCCCCCCGCUCCUCCAAAUUGAACGAUGGCGCCACAGGCCGUUCCGCGCGACGCGAUUGCGUCAGACGCAGGCUCGACGCGGGGCGGGGCCGGAGCGGCCGUCGCGCUGGGGCUGACGGUGGUUUUCUGUUCGCGUUGCAGGCCUUCAAGGUGGGGAACCUCCUGGGAAAGGGCUCCUUUGCCGGGGUCUACAGAGCGGUAUCCCUGAAAACCGGCCUGGAAGUGGCUAUCAAAAUGAUAGACAAAAAAGCCAUGCACAAAGUGGGAAUGGUACAGAGGGUUCAGAACGAGGUGAAAAUCCAUUGUCAGUUAAAGCAUCCAUCUAUUCUUGAGCUUUAUAACUAUUUUGAAGAUAGCAACUAUGUGUACUUGAUACUUGAAAUGUGUCACAAUGGUGAAAUGAGUAGAUACAUAAAGAAUAGAAAGAAACCCUUUUCAGAAGAUGAAGCCCGACACUUCUUGCAUCAAAUUAUCACCGGUAUGCUGUAUCUUCAUUCUCAUGGAAUACUGCAUCGGGACCUCACCCUUUCCAAUCUUUUACUCACCAGUAACAUGAACGUCAAGAUUGCUGACUUUGGACUAGCAACUCAGUUGAAAAUGCCUCAUGAAAAGCAUUAUACCAUGUGUGGAACUCCUAAUUACAUUUCUCCAGAGAUAGCCACGAGGAGUCCACAUGGACUUGAGUCUGAUGUGUGGUCUUUGGGCUGUAUGUUUUACACUCUUCUUAUUGGAAAGCCACCUUUUGACACUGACACAGUGAAGAACACACUGAAUAAAGUAGUAUUAGCAGAUUACGAAAUGCCAGCCUUUUUGUCCAGAGAGGCACAAGACCUUAUACAUAAAUUACUUCGCAAAAAUCCAGCAGAUCGUUUGAGUCUUUCCUCUGUGUUGGAUCAUCCUUUUAUGUCUAGGUGUAGCUCUGCACGGAGCAAAGAUUCAGGAACUUCGGAAGAUUCCAUGGACAGUGGAAAUGCUACCAUCUCUACUACUUUUACAGGCUCUUCCAGCAUCAGUAGCAGUGGCUGCUUGAAGGAAAAAAAGAAGCUGUUAGUGGGACAGCCGCUCCCAAAUAAAAUAAUUUUUCCUAAAAACAAGAAUCCGGGUAAUGCUUCAUCUGUCAAUGGGAGUGGUUCUUUUCAUCAGUGGGGAAUUCAAGGGAAAGAAACUGGCACAAGUGGCAGGGGAAGAGUCAUGCAACUUGCUGAAGAGAGACCACAUUCCCGCUACCUCCGAAGAGCCCACUCCUCAGAUAGGUCUGGCACAUCCCACAGUCAGACUCAAGGAAUAUCAAAUGUCAUUGAGAGGUGUCACUCCAUGGAACUGCUUUCCAAGCCUAUAGGAGGAACGAGGGAAAACACAGAAUGCUUUUCGCCUGCAAGCAGCUAUACUGAUAUGGGAGAAAUAUUUAAGGAAAAGACUUCUGGUAGUUCUGGCUCUUUUGAAGGGCAAAUAUCUCCACCUGUAAAAGAUCAACCACACUCAAAUUUUCUCUAUCCAAUGAAGCCCCCUCUUGGUUUGUUAGAGCAGAAGUCCCAGGCUGAAACCAUGCAGCAGUGGCUUGGAAGCAUGCAGACAAAUACUCAGCUGAGGCCACCUGAAGACCUGACUGGUAACAGUAAUGCACAUGGAGGCUUUCGGUAUCAUCUGGAUAUGCAGCAAGAUGCACUGAGAAAUGGAUGGAACACCUUGAAGGAUAUACGGAAUCAUGAUGCAUCCCAUGAUUAUUCACAUUCUUUGAAUCAGAGAAACCCAAACAAAUACAUUCCCGAAGCUCUCUGCCAAUCUGAAAAAGUUCAGACAUCUUCAUGUGGCCUUUGGCCAGCUUCAGAGCAAAACCAAGCGUGGGGCAAAGAACUAUCAGCACGUCAGAAACCUACACUGCGAAGUAUAGUGUCACCUCUCAGUGCUUACAGGCUAAAACCAAUCAGGCAAAAAACAAAAAAUGCAGUGGUGAGCAUUCUAGAUACUGGGGAGGUGUGUAUGGAGUUUAUAAAAGAACACCAUUCACAAGAAUUUGUGAAAGAAGUUCUCAGAAUAUCUUGUGAUGGAAAUAUGAUUGCAGUUUAUCACCCGAAUGAAGGAAGAGGCUUCCUUCUUGACGACAGGCCGCCCAUUCCUCCUGAAGACAGCUGUAUGUACAGUUUUGACAAUUUGCCAGAAAAGUACUGGAAAAAGUACCAGUAUGCAGCCAAGUUUGUGCAGUUAGUGAGAACAAAAACCCCCAAAGUUACAUUCUACACAAGAUAUGCCAAGUGCAUGUUGAUGGAAAAUUCACCUCCUGCAGAUGUUGAAAUAUGUUUUUAUGAUGGAGCAAAGGUACACAAGACAGCUGGUAUAACUCGUGUGAUUGAAAAAUCAGGGAAAUCCUUCACUUUGAAAGGAGAAAAUGAAACGGGUUUGAAGAAGGAAAUGCAAGUAUAUAUGGAUCAUGCAAAUGAGGGACAUCGCAUAUGCCUUGCACUGGAAUCUGCUAUUUUGGAAGAAGAAAAAAGGAGUGAAAGUCUUCCAUUUUUUCCAAUAAUUGUUGGAAGAAAACCUGGCAAUACUGAAUCUCCAAAGGCUGUACUGCCUCUGUUGGACAACACCAACUGUUCAAAAGAAGUUACGGCACUGGAUAGAAAUACAGCUGCCAGUUCUACUCCUGUUCAAACUCCAAACUGUACUCCUGUGGUGUCAUAUGAAAAAUCUAUACUUAAGGCCAAUGCUGCUGAAAGUACGUGCUCCUCUGUUUAUCAGACAGAAUGCAGCCCAAAUUCAGCUCAACUUAUAAAAUCAGUCUUUGUGAAAAAUGUUGGUUGGGCUUCACAGCUGACCAGUGGAGCAGUAUGGGUUCAGUUUAAUGAUGGAUCCCAACUGGUAGCCCAAGCAGGUGUUUCUUCUAUCACUUACACCAAUCCAGAUGGCCAGACAACUAGGUAUGGAGAAAAUGAUAAGUUGCCAGAAUACAUCAAAGAGAAGUUGCACUGUCUGUCUUCUAUUCUUGUGAUGUUUACCAAUCCAACUGAUCCCCACUGAUAAAAGCAAAGCAGGUCUUCGGGCACAAGAGCUUAAUAAACACACUCACUGACAUGAUAGUGACUGAUUUUACUAAGCUUAUCCAGAAAUUCUUCAAAAUUCUGGUUUAAAAAAAAAAAUAGGAAGGGGAGGGUUGUUCUACAAUUUUUGUAAGAUACUUUACAAGCACAUUUUUCCUCAAAAUGAUGGAUAAACUUGCUCAAGCAAAACAUUGAGCAACUUAAUUCUAAAUGACCUCACAUUAUUGGAAAUAAUCUUUUCUAUUUUUUUUCUUCCCCCACUGCUUACUCAGUGAUGAUAAUCAAAGAAAACUUAUCUGUGCUGUUGAAGUGUUUGUGUUUGUAAAUAACUUGUAUUUUUACCUCUUACAAGUAAUAUAUGUAAAUAUGUACAUGUUUUAUACCUUCUUGUUUUUAUUUUUGUAGCAGCAGCUUUUCAAUUCCCUGCACAAGCGUUUUAUACCCCCAAAAAAUAAAUGCAGUGGUAAGCGUC